GAAGCACAGAGGCGGAAAUAAACAGUACGUGACUGCAACGUUGGUCCAAAUUCGCAGACAUGGCUGCGUCAAUUGAGAGUUUACUGGAGGAAAUCUCCGGUGUCCAAGAUCCCAUAGAGGAGCUGCAAGGUUUGAAAACUGCUUUAUUAGCGAUACCUGCCAACGCUUUGAGAGGCUCAGUGAGUGGACUACGUCUCGGGGUGAUUUUCUCUUUGUUAAACUCCAGUCGGGGGGAGCAGGUUGAACUCUGUGUGGAUAUUCUUGAGCGCAUCUUAACGGUGCUCAGUCCUGAGCACGUGGUGCAGAACUACAGAGCGGAGCUGCAGGCUGGUCUGACUCAUCCUAAUGAAGAGGUUAAGAUACUGGCUUUAGUACAGAUUGGCAGAAUAGUGGAGCACCGUGAUGCUGCCACUGAAAUCCUGCACGACCAUGACAUUCUUCGUGCAGUCAUUCAAUGCAUUGCAGAAGAGAAAAUGGCAGUGGCAAAACAGGCCAUUCGAUCCUUGUCUAAACUGAGUCAGUGCAAGCCUGGGUUAGACAAAUUGUUCCAGACCGACCUCCUGAAAGUCAUGAAGGACGUGAUGGCCGCAAGUGACAUUGUCAGAUACCGAAUAUACGAGCUGGUGGUGGAAAUCUCAUCGGUUUCUCCCAUUUCUCUUGGUUACUGUGCCAACAGCAGCAUCCUCUCUCAGCUCCUCAGUGAGCUGUCUGGAGACGACGUUUUGAUCAGGGCCACAGCCAUAGAGAUGGUGACCACUCUAGCUCACAGUCAGCAUGGCCGGCAGUAUUUGGCCCAACAGGGCAUCAUGGAAAAGCUCUCCAACAUGAUCAUAGGAUCAGAGGCAGACUCCUUCUCCUCCCUCUACUUGCCUGGUUUGGUGAAGUUCUUUGGAAACCUUGCCAUUGCGGACAGCCCACAGCAGGUCUGUGAAACAUACCCAGCUUUCCAGAACAAAGUGUUUGAGAUGACUCUGGACGCAGACCCUGUGAUGCUCGGGGUGGCUCUGGACACUUUGGGCUUACUUGGGUCUACUGUGGAGGGAAAGCAGGUCCUACAAAAAACAGGAGAGAAGUUCAAGACUGUGUUGACAAAAAUGAGUCAGCUUGCCAACUCUGCGGCUACAGAGCUGAGAGUGCGCAGCUUAGAUGCCAUAUCACAGCUUCUUACUCUACAGCCAGAGCAGCAGACAGAAGAUCUUCUUGCCUUGACAGAGUCCUGGUUCCAACAUUUGUCAGACCAUCCCAUGGACAUGAUUCGCAGCAUCAGCACUCAGCCAUUCCCAGAGCUGUAUUGUGUGGCUCUUGGGAUUUUCUCCGCCAUUGCCGCUCAGCCAUGGGGCCAGAAGUUAAUGAUAAGCACGCCUGGAUUCAUGGAGUUCAUUCUGGACCGCUCAACGGGUAAAAGCAAGGAGGCCAAAGAUGCCAAGUUUGAACUGGUGGGGACACUCGUGUCUUCAUCGACAGCAGCAGAUAUUCUGGGCAGCCAGCAUUACAUCCACCUGAAAGCGUACCUCAGAGAGGGACCUUACUAUGUUUCAGCCGUGGCUGCAGUCGGCAUAGAAGGAGCAGACUAAUUCAAAUAAACUCUCAAACUCUUCAUGGCUUUCUAAUUAAUGCUUAAAUAGAGGGAAAGACCAAAUGUGGGUGAACGAUACAAUACAUUAAUCUUCUAAUAACUAUUUAAAAAAUAGAUCCAACAAAUCAGGACAUUGGUGGUGAACGUCUUCAAAGCGUCUGUAAGGAUGGAGUCAUAAAUACUAAUCUUCAUGCUUUUGAUUAUCAUUAGAUAGUUCUUUUCAUAAUUUAACUUAGUGAUAUUUGUGCCAAGACAAUUUCAGGUUUUCACACAUUCACUCACUUAAACAUUUUGUACAUUGGGAAGAGUUUUUCAAGUCAUGUAGGGAAAAAAGGUGAAAUAUGAAAGAAAAGGGACAAAGUCCCUCCUCAAAGGUUGUACAUUAAAGGGGUACUCCUUUUUUUUUAAUAUAUGAAGUUUAGUAUAUUCACCCUAAGAAGUAACAUGACAGGAUUCGAGUCAUUGACUGGUUUGAUGGCAUUAUUGUUGCUGGACUUUUGUCAAUUUGUCAAUGGGAUUAUGAAUUUGAUGAAAAUAUAUUACUGAGUUCGAUUUGGGGUAAUGUAGGAUUGAGAGUUUCUGGAUUUUGACGCUUGAUAUUGAUAUUAGAGGCUAAAAAGCCAGGAUAUCUUCUUUUUUUUUUACUGUUUUCUAAAACUAAACCUUUAUUUAAAUGCAAUACUAAAACACCCAACGUCUGCACUUUUAGUUGACACUGUCUUUUCCAGCUACUUAACCACUAAUGAAGAAGCCAAACCAGAUUUAAACCUUCAGUGAGUUUUCACCAUUCAGACACUGUCCUGUAUAUAAAACUGGACUCAACCUUUUUUUCCAGUGUUCUUCAGACACUGAUUUGGUAUUUUUUUUUGUCAAAAAUAUUUAUUUUUUUAUUAUUAAAGAAGAUUCAGUUAAACAACUGUGGAUGCUUGCUUUUGCAAAAACAUUACAUUCAAAAUUCUUUAAGAUUCUGAAUGUUUUUGAACACAGUCACAGUUUCACGGCUCCUCAAAUGAUUGUUCUUUCAACGUGUGGCAUUUUGUAAUAAAUGUUUCAUGAUAAGAUAAA